CCAGAAGAAAAUGUUACAAGGAAAUAUUUCCAGAGUGACUGAAUUCAUUCUUGCUGGGUUAACAGAAAAACCAGAGUUCCAGCUGCCCCUCUUCGUCCUCUUUUUAGGAAUCUAUGUGGUCACAGUUGUGGGAAAUCUGGGUAUGAUCACCCUGAUACAAUUCAGUUCUCACUUACACACGCCCAUGUAUGUCUUCCUCAGCAGUCUGUCCUUCAUUGACUUCUGCCAUUCCACUGUCAUUACCCCCAAAAUGCUGGUGAACUUUGUGACACAGAAGAACAUCAUCUCCUAUCCUGAAUGCAUGACUCAGCUCUACUGUUUCCUUGUUUUUGGUAUUGCAGAGUGUCACAUGUUGGCAGCAAUGGCAUAUGACCGUUAUGUUGCCAUCUGUAACCCAUUGCUUUACAAUGCUAUGAUGUCCUACCAAGUCUGUUUCUGGAUGAUAUUUGGGGUAUAUUGUAUGGCUUUUAUUGGUGCCACAACUCACACAGUCUGCAUGCUAAGAGUACAUUUCUGUAAAUUGGAUGUAAUAAACCAUUACUUCUGUGAUCUUUUUCCACUAUUGGAGCUCUCUUGUUCUGACACUUUUAUUAAUGAAGUAGUAGUUCUGUGUUUCAGUGUUUUUAACAUCUUUGUUCCAACUCUGACUAUCCUAAGCUCUUACAUCUUUAUCAUUGCUAGCAUCCUUCAGAUUAAAUCCACUGAAGGCAGGUCCAAAGCCUUUGGCACCUGCAGUUCACACAUAUCAGCUGUUGCUAUCUUCUUUGGUUCCCUUGCAUUCAUGUACCUACAACCAUCGUCAGUCAACUCCAUGGACCAAGGGAAAGUGUCUUCUGUAUUUUAUACAAUUGUUGUACCUAUGAUGAACCCCUUGAUCUACAGUGUGAGGAAUAAAGAUGUCAAAGUUGCUCUAAAUAAGUUCCUUGAAAGAAAAUGUUUCUUAUGAAAAGACUAAUUUUUCUUUACUAGAAUUCAUGUUUGUAGGGUUGUCAAAGACUCCCAUAUGGACACAUGUUGUGAGAUUAUGCUAGCACUGUUUAUUUUUAAGGUUGCACAAAGGGAAGGACUGGUUUUCACCAAUAGGACAUACAAAAGACAUUAUCUGUCUGCAAUAGAGAAAAACAAUCUGUUCAUCAUAACAUGUAUCUCACUAAGCAGUUUAUCAAACCUUUUAAAGCCUUCUUGUGUAUGAUUAUGUUUUGUGUAUGUUAUAACAAUUCCCUUUUGUGCAAGGCAUAUUUAUCUUAUAGCAGGUAAUAAAUA